UCCACCCGUUGCUAUGGAGACUCACAGGCUUUGUGUCAAGCGUAUUUGGGUUCAGCUGUUAUGCCUUCAGCCCCUCUUUCCACGACUUGUUCGGACACUGGAACCCGCUGAAGAUCUCCUUGUACACUGUGCCACACAACAUGCAGAUGAUGCCACGAAUGCUGAAUCUCUCGACCAAAAUAUUGCAGAUAGUUCUGAAUAUAAUGACCUGCUUGAAGUGCAUACACAGCAUGCAGACGGCAAGAAUACUGAUUCUGGCGACCAAAAUACUCAUAGUUCCGAACAUGAUGAGCAAUUAUUUGCUCCUAUGAUACAUAUUGGGUCAAUUUCAUCCCCACUGUAAUAUAAAGGGUGUAAAAUAAUUAAAGAGAAAGCAUAUUGAAUAAAAAAUGGGAAAUUGCGAUUAGAUCA